AUGCCUCCAGUUUCUGCAUCAAAGGCCAAGAGAGACGCUAAGAAAGCUGAAAGAGAAGCCAAAAGAGCUGCUGCUGGUAAGCCCGUAAGAAAGUCCAAGAAGAAGGAUGAGGAAGUCGAUGAGGCCGAACAGGCCGCAAAGGAGAUUGCGCAAUUGAAGUUGCAGCAGGAUAAGGACGGUCUUUCGGAUCGUGUUGUCACCGGUGUAUUGGAUUCCUUGGAAACCUCCCGUGAUGUCAAGUUUUCGUCAGUUUCUUUGCUUUUCCAUGGUAAGGUUUUGAUUCAAGACUCCGUUUUAGAAUUGAACUACGGCCGUCACUAUGGUUUACUGGGUGAAAAUGGUUGUGGUAAGUCAACCUUUUUGAAAGCUUUAGCCACCAGAGAAUACCCUAUCCCAGAAAACAUUGAUGUCUAUCUGUUGGACGAACCUGCUGAGCCAUCUGAGCUUUCGGCCCUUGAUUACGUUGUCACGGAAGCUCAGAAUGAGUUGAAGAGAUUGGAAGACCAAGUGGAGAAGAUCAUCUUGGAAGACGGCCCAGAAUCUGAGCUAUUAGAGCCUUUAUAUGAAAGAAUGGACUCCAUGGACCCUAACACUUUCGAAAGCAGAGCCGCUGUCAUUUUGAUCGGUUUGGGUUUCAACUCUCAGACUAUUCUAAAAAAAACCAAAGACAUGUCUGGUGGUUGGAAAAUGCGUGUCGCAUUGGCCAAGGCUCUUUUCGUCAAGCCAACCUUACUGCUAUUGGACGACCCAACUGCACACUUGGAUUUGGAAGCAUGUGUCUGGUUGGAAGAAUACUUAAAGAGAUUCGAUAGAACAUUGGUCCUUGUUUCCCACUCUCAAGAUUUCUUGAACGGUGUCUGUACCAACAUGAUCGAUAUGAGAAUGCAAAGAUUGACUGCUUACGGUGGUAACUACGAUUCUUAUGUUAAAACCCGUUCGGAACUGGAAGUUAACCAAAUGAAGCAAUACAACAAGCAACAAGAAGAAAUCGCUCACAUCAAGAAAUUUAUCGCGUCUGCUGGUACUUACGCCAACUUGGUCAGACAAGCGAAAUCCAGACAAAAGAUUCUAGACAAGAUGGAGGCUGAUGGUUUGAUUCAGCCUGUUGUUCCUGAUAAAGUGUUUUCAUUCCGUUUCCCUAAUGUUGAAAGACUUCCCCCACCUGUGUUGGCUUUCGAUGACAUUUCCUUUUCUUAUGAUGGUAACCCAGAACACAACCUUUACGAGAAUUUGAAUUUUGGUGUAGAUAUGGACUCAAGAAUUGCACUUGUCGGUCCAAAUGGUGUUGGUAAAUCUACUCUACUGAAGAUUAUGACUGGUGAAUUGACGCCUCAGUCAGGUCGUGUUUCCCGUCACACACACGUUAAGUUGGGUGUGUACUCUCAGCACUCUCAAGACCAAUUGGAUCUAACUAAAUCCCCACUGGAAUUUGUUCGUGACAAAUACUCGCACAUUUCUCAUGACUUCCAAUACUGGAGAGGUCAACUGGGCCGUUAUGGUUUGACUGGUGAAGGUCAAACUUCCCAAAUGGCUACACUUUCUGAAGGUCAACGUUCUCGUGUUGUUUUCGCCCUUCUUGCUCUAGAACAACCUAACGUUCUUCUACUGGAUGAACCUACUAAUGGUUUGGAUAUCCCAACUAUUGAUUCUUUGGCUGAAGCCAUCAACGAGUUUAACGGUGGUGUUGUUGUGGUUUCGCACGAUUUCAGAUUACUAGAUAAGAUUGCCAAAGACAUUUUCGUUGUUGAAAAUAAGACUGCCACCAGAUGGGAUGGUUCAAUCUUGCAAUACAAGAACAAGCUGGCCAAGAAUGUUGUGCUAUAA